GUUCCCAAAGACUUAAACAUGAACUUUGAACUUCCUGAGCUGCCCGUGACCUGUGGCCAGGCUAAGGGAACUUUGUACAAGGAGAAAAUGCAGAAAGGAUCCUCGGCCCUGUGUAUACUGUCAGAAGACCAAAAAACGUGGCUCACUCUACGAGAUUUUGAAAUUAAAGGAGGGAUGGGAAAAAGCAAGAACUGGCGGCUUUCUGUGCGCUGCGGAGGCUGGACCCUAAAGGAUCUGAUUCAGGUACUGUAGAAAAAAACUAAAUAUGAGCAGAAUUCCUGUAUUCAGUAACCCAGGCCAACUCUCAAUGCACACAGUAGGACUAACCUUCUGCCCAGAUAUUGUCUUGCCUGGCA